AUGCGCCUCCGCCCUGCCCUCAUCUCCGGCGCGCUCUCCGUUUCGCUCCUCCUCCUCGCCGCGCGCGCCGACCCCAUCGCGCUCUCCAUCCCCGCCAUCGUCGUAACAUGCAAGCUCGGGAACAUAUCCUGGACGGGCGGCACGCCCCCGUACAGCCUCGAGUUCGUCAGCCCGAACUUCACCGACAUCACGACCAACUUCGACCUCGCGUUCGGCGUCACCAACACCUCCUUCGCCUGGCUCGCGGACUUUCCCGCGGGCGCGGUCGUCGACGUCAUCGUCACCGACGCGGCCAAGGACACGUCCACCGUCGUGUCCUCGGGCGGGCGCAUCCUCGUCGUCGCGGGCGCGGACACGAGCUGCCUGAACGCGACGAACCGCCACGCGGUGCUCCCCCAGGCGACGACGUCGACGGCGUCCACGCAGACGGCGGGCGCGUCGCAGACGCAGCGCUCUGGCGGGAGCCUGGCGAGUGCGAACGGGGACGGACAGUUGCUGAGCGCGCUCGCGAUCUCCGCCGCGGCCGUGGCCGGCCUCGUCGUGGUGCUCAUGGUCGGGGGCGCGCUCUGCGUUGUGCGGCGUCGGCGAAAGAAGAGGCGGCAGCUCAACGAGAAGGCCCCGCAGUCCGCGACGUCGACGACGCACAUGGUCGAUCCCCGUAAAACCUCCGUCGUCUCCGCCAUGACGGCGGUCGACCCCCGCUCCCCAGCCGCGCCCCCCUCCCGCCCCCGCGACCAUCCACAGCCCGACGUCGAGCAGGCCAAGCCCCUCCCGUCGCCGCCCGCGGGGUACGCCCCCGAGACCCUCGCCGUCCCGCGCUUCCACGGCGACGGCGCGGAGCCGGUCUCCCCCGCGUCCGCGGCGGCGGCCCCGCCCUCGCCGCUGCUCGCGUCCGCGGAGUGGCUCGCGGGCGUGCGCUCGUUCGCGCGCAGCGACUCCGCGUACUCCGCGCGCUCGGUUUUCUCCGCGCCCUCCGUGUACUCCGUGUACUCCGCGUCCCCGUCGGCGCGUGCUGGUGCGGGCACGGGUGCGAGUGUGGACACGCCGUCGACGGUGCACACGACGCCGAGCGCGUUCUUCCGCGUGCCCCCGGGGACGCCGCGCUCGAGCGUGGGCACGGUGCGUGCGGCGACGGAGGGGGCGUCCGCCGCUGGCACGCCGACUGUGAGCGGCGCGGGUCAGCCGUGGGGCAUGGGUGCGGGCUCUGGGAGGUCGAGCAGGACGCUUCUCUGA